AAAAUAAGUAAAAUAAAACAAAAUGUCAACCGCCGCGCGUCUGAUAAUAUUGGUCUUAAUCGCAUAUACCGCCAUGCAGCCGUUUACUACCAACGCAGAUACAAAAGUAUUGAAUAUACUCAGCCUAAAUCAACCCGGUUUCGGUAGCCGUUAUGAGGUUAUCUCACUGGAAAAUGUAGGCACUCCCGAGGAGGAAUUGGUGGUGAAAGGCAAUCGCACUACAGAAUUAGGUCCACCCAAUUCCGAGGGGCUCAUCAUAAUGGAGAUUACAGAGUUUACGGCCGAUAAGACGGGUUAUCACGCGCAUACUCGCAUUGUAGCAAUACCAGCAGCAGAGACACGAUUGAGUCCGGGCGCAUUAAUGUCAGCAGCAGGGUAAAAUGUCGCAUAAUGUGAAGCUUUGAAUUUUUAUCUAUUGGCCAAGUAUUUUUUUUAUAAUUCGUUUAAUGAUAUGUUCAAACUUGAAAUGUAAAAAUAAAUUUAUUUGUUUAUACAGAAGAAA